GGGGAAGGGUUUUUCUUUUUUCUGUUCUCUGUCCCCCGUUUAUUAGUAACACUUCAUUAGUUCAUUUUCUUCUCAAUACAAACCCUCACUCCCUAGCCGCACCGGGGAAGCAAGUUCAAUUCGACCUCGAUUAUCGCAAUGGCAUCUCUGGUACCUCCGCCCACCCCAAAGCCGGCCGAGAAAGUCGAUUACAUGAACUUGCCUUGUCCCAUUCCUUACGAAGAGAUUCAUCGCGAGGCUCUCAUGUCCUUAAAGCCAGAAGUUUUUGAGGGAUUCCGUUUUGAUUUCAAUAAAGGAUUGAACCAAAACUUCUCGCUCAGUCACAGCGUGUUCAUGGGACCUACUGAAGUCCCUUCUCAAAGUAACGACACAGUAAUUAAAGUUCCUACCUCUCACUACGAGUUUGGUGCCAACUUUAUAGACCCAAAAUUAAUGCUUAUCGGGAGGGUGUUGACAGACGGGAGGGUCAAUGCAAGAUUGAAGUGUGAUUUGUCUGAGAAUCUCACGUUGAAGGGAAAUGCUCAACUUACAAGGGAGCCACACAUGUCACAUGGGAUGGCGACUUUUGAUUACAAGGGUCGUGACUUCAGGAGUCAGUUUCAACUCGGAAAUGGUACUCUGCUUGGAGCCAGUUACAUUCAGAGCUUGACUCCUCAUUUGUCAAUGGGUGGUGAAGUAUUCUGGGCCGGUCAGGCUCGCAAGUCUGGGGUUGGUUAUGCUGCACGAUAUAACACAGAUAAGAUGGUUGCCACAGCGCAAGUUGCCAGUACUGGGAUGGUUGCUUUGAGCUAUGUUCAAAAACUAUCUGAAAAGGUUUCUCUAGCAACAGACUUCAUGUACAACUACAUGUCUAGAGACGUCACUGCAAGUUUUGGUUAUGAUUAUAUUCUCCGUCAGUGUCGUCUUAGAGGGAAGAUCGACUCCAAUGGUUGUGCAUCUGCUUUUCUGGAAGAACGUUUAAAUAUGGGUCUUAAUUUUAUACUUUCAGCAGAGUUAGAUCACAUGAAGAAAGACUACAAGUUUGGUUUUGGUUUAACUGUAGGAGAAUAGACAUCCUGUUAUAUUCUUUAGGUCAGCUUCAAGCUUUGUUGCUACAAGCAGCUCAGCCGGCGUCGGAGUUGAUUUUGAUUUAUGAUUUUAUCUACUAGAGGAAGGUUGAAGGGUUUUUCUUGUACUCAUUAUGUGACAAUAUUUUUGUGGAGUGAGUUCAGUUACUGACCAUAGUCUUCGCAUCCUUCAUGGUUUUACUUUUCAAAUAUGGAGCUUCCGUUGCCAUAUAAAGUUGUAGAGUUUUUUUAUAAUGGAAACCUAAAAAUUACUGCGA